AUGGAAGCUAGCAUUCAUUCUCGAUCGAAUACACCCUGUUGUUCUGGAAGAAAUCAAGCGUAUCAAACAACAUAUAGACGAGAAUUUGUUCUGAAAAGAUCGUCAUCAAUUGCUGAAGGUGCGCCAUUUAGUCAACAAUUUUUAAUUGGUUGUCCAUUUCAAUUGAAUGGUCCUGUAGGUGAAUCAUUAUAUGCAAUUGAUUUUACUAAUCAAAAGAAUGUUCAACGAGAACCUUUCAUUCGUCCGAAUACAAAUAGAGCCAAUCGACCUCAUCCUCAUAAGGAAUUUCCUUAUUGGCCUCGACGAUCUGAAAGUGUUUGUGGCUUGCCAUCGGACGAAACAAAGCAAGCACUUAGAAAUCAGUUGGACUCAACAUAUCAAGUAGACUAUACAGGUAAGUAA